AUGAAGUGGAACAUCGUCCUCCCGGUCCUGGCGGCGGUUCUGUCCGUCGGCUUCGCCAGUUUAGUCGGGGGUCCGCAGGAUGUGGACGUGAAUGAUGAGGGGGCCCAGAACGCCCUGAGCUUCGCUGUGAACGAACACAACAAACGGAGUAACGCUCUGUUCCUCACCAGGCCGAUGGAGGUGAUCAGGGUGCAGAGACAGGUGAGUCAAAGGCUUUGUUCGGGUUCAUAUUCACACCCGAUUAAAGGAUAAUUCAGCUGUUUUUUAAGGCUGUUGGUGUCUGGUUUUAUCGUUACAGAGCUCAGGGUAACAAUGGCUAACAGACAGUCAGGCAGUGGCGUACUCAUGCUGUGUUGGGGCCAGGGGCGAAAAAAAACCCAUGAGGGCACCAGAUGAACUGCAGGAAAUACAUGAAAAUUACUCGUUAUUAAAACGCAAAUCAUGCACACAAGCAAAACAUAAUGAAGAAAAAAUAGUAAUAAGGCGCUUUGUUUAAAUUUAAUCUGCUGGAAAGGCGAUCAACGGGACAUUUUUAAUAUUUUAAUAACUAGAGGACACUAUUGACAGGUGUGAUUUACUAACAAGGUAAUCAAAAGGCACUUAGUCUUCAGAGUCUUCAAAAAAAUGUGGUUUAAAGUUCCUCAUAGAAGCUUAAAACAACAAUGUACAACAAUAAAACCGGAACCUAACACUCACCCAUGGACCCACACAUACACACACACACACACAAGCGCACACAGAGUGAGAAUUUAAGAUAUAAUGUUAAAGAGACAUGGCCUGACAUCGAGACAUUGCGUGAGGAAAGAGCUACUUUUGGGAAACACAGGAGAUAAAAAUAAAAAAUAAAAAUGGUAAAAAGAAAGAAUAAAACCUGAUGGACUAAAACAAGAAAAUAAAAUUAAAUGAACAGAUAAGUAAGAGCUCUCUACCAUGUAAAAGGGGAAAAAGAAGUAAAAACAUCUAAGACAGGAGUUAAGAAAAAAGACUAAGAACAGAGAUAAUUAAUAAAAUGACAUGAAAUAAACAUUAAGAACUUUGAUUAAAAUGAACAUUUGCAUUUAGAGAAAAGUUAGUGAAAAGCCUGGUUAAAAAGGUGAGUCUUGAGCCUCUUUUUAAAAACUUCAUUACAUCCACUACAAAAGGGAACAGACGUGUACUUUUUCUAUAUGUAAUAUCCCAACAAAGCAACCAAGGGACACUUUUUACAUGUUUUUUCCACUGAAAAAGCAAAUUAAACAUUUUCUUUAUAUUUUACUCACCUAAAAAUAUUAUGGGACACUUUGUAUGCAUUUUAAUCACCAAUAAUAUGCAGCCAUUAUGUGUAAAGUUCACCUUUAGUGUUUUUUUUUUGUGUGUGUGUGUGUUUUUAACUUAAAAAGUAACAAGAGGGUAAUUGAUUAUAUUUUGUGCACUUGAAGAGCAACCGGAGCUCACUGUGCUUCUAUCUUAUCAUGUUUAAAAGUAACCAUUAGGCCUUUUAGCUACAUAUUAGAUGAAUUUCAAAAAUAUAUAUUGAAUAUACACGCCAUCUUAUUUUCUGAAAAAAUAAAACAGCAGGACUAUGUAAAACAGUAAAUUAACUGAAUUUAAUGCAGUAUGUGUUAUGUUUUAUUUUCAUCUAAAUAGGAGAGGCUUUCUGUGAGGUAUCGGAGCUGAUUUAUGUCGCAAAUGUUCAGAAAUAACUGUAGCUUUGUCCUGAAGUGUGUUGGAACUAUUGUGGUGUUUUGAUUGCGUAAAGACGGUUAAAUUAAUCUGCUGUUUGUAAACUGGUAUGAACUUUACUCGUAUUUGACCAACACUAAGAUCCGCUCAUGACUGUUGGUGGUAGGAGUUUGAUCAUUAGUUUGCGUAACUGGAUCUGCUGCCUGUUUUAUUUUUUUCCCAUUCAGAGUAACAAUGAUGUCUCAUUUCCACCCUCUUCUCCUUACAGGUGGUUGCUGGACUCUUGUACACCAUGACUGUGAGAAUGGGAAAGACCCCCUGCAGAAAGAACAACGCAAGUGACGCAUGUGCCGUCCACGAUGACCCGGAGAAGGCUCAGGUGAAGACUCGUUCUAUUUUUAGCCUCUGGAAAAUAUCGCAGACUGAGGGUAGAUACCUGAAAAUACAGAAAAUGAAACCUUCACUGAAAAAUAUAAUAAUAAUAAUGACAUGAUUUAAGUUUGAGUCAGUGCAAGCAUGGUUGACACAACAUGAGACUGUAUGUCAUAUUUGGAGGCAGCGUGCAGACUUUCAGCUUUGAUAUGAUUAAAACUGAUGAGUUAUUUAGAGAAUAAAACCCUGUACAGUCUCAUAACCAAAACUGUUUAGCAGGCUGCAACACCAGGGUUUACAAUGGGAGAUUAGUCACUGGGAGUUCUCAGCACAAUGUUUAAAUGUCAUGCUGUGGACUUUUACUUCUCCUACCAACAAUAAAUAACAGUCUAACCAACAAAGCAGUUCCUCUUUUAAAAACCAAGUUGGCUUUUGUGUUUUCAGCGAGCCCAUCAUGUCCUUUCACAAACAAAAAGCACUUUUUCUUGACUUUCCACACAAACUGUUUCAACCGUUUCAUGGAAAAUAAUCUUAAUUGAAUAUCUUUUAUGUUCUCUACAGGCUUACCAGUGCGUAUUCAAAGUUUGGAGCAAACCAUGGCAGAAUGAGAUCAAGCUGACGGAGGAGACCUGCUCUUAA